AUGGCUGUUGAGGAUGGAGCUGUUCUUGGCUUCCUCCUAGGUGUAUACGCACGCAAGAUCAAGGAGCAAUUUAGGGACGACCGGCCCAUCCCGAAGACGGCAACAAUAUCAGCAUUACUCAAACUGUAUGAAACAAUUCGCAAGGAACGAACGACGGUCAACGUGCGAGGCGCCUACGCAAACCGCCACUUCUACCACAUGCCCGACGGCGAGGAGCAAAGAAGUCGCGACGAGGAAAUGAGAACAUUCGACUUUGUUCAAGGUAAGUCAAAUUAUUCGUGGCUCGAUUCCAAGUAUAACCUCGAUCUCUUGGCUUUUGACGCUCUGGAGGCUGCUCCGUGGCAGUUUGAGCAAUGGUGGGAGCAGAUUUUGGCAGCAGAUUCAACUGAAUCGGACCAUCGUGACACUGGUCCAGAGCUGAGUGGCACAAGUCGGGUCAUAGCGGUGUUAUGA